AUGGUGCUUGGACUGAAGAAACCAGACUCUUCCAUAUGGAAUGUCACUGAGCGGCUAACCUCAGCCGACCUGCUUGUACUGUGGAUGUCCUAUAUUUAUGUACUUGAAUGGCACCAAUUACCACCCAUGUACAGCUGGGCCAAUCAGAAUCCUGGAAGGCUCUUGGCUAAGGAAUCCAUCAGCCUGCCCUGGAGCCUCAAGUCUUCCCUGUGUUCCACGCUAGGGCACCUGGUCAAGCUACACAACAAGGCAGCCCUGGUCUGGCACAAGAGUCUCAAAGAUGAGGAGACCACAGUGUAUUAUGUGAAGCUCAUUGAGAGCCAAGUGUCUCUGUUGAAGUCCCAGAACAGGCCUGAAGAUGCCUUGGCUACCUGCAGACAUGUGCUCAAAGACAGCAACCUAGUGGAUGUGUGGCUGCUGCUGGCUGACCUGUGUGCUUCUGUUGAUGACAAGGACAUGGUUAAGAGGAUUUUUACUGAGGCAUUAUCUGCCAAUAGACAGAGUCCCAAACUACAGUAUUACCUGUCAGAAGUGGCCUUGAACAAUCUGCAGCAGUUUGCUCUGGGUCACUUUGACGUUAGCUCCAGAAAUUUUCUUCCCCAUGAUUGCUGUCAGCUCUACAGCCAGUUGCUAAAACAAGAGGAGGCAUUCACUUUACGCAAGGCUCCGCUCAAGGAAGGGCUGGCAGACGGUCUGACCCGGGAUGUGUACAUGUGGCUGUGUUACAGCCUGUUGGUGGAGCUGCAGCUACAGGACAAGACAGAAGAUGUCUUAGAGGUGUUGGAAAGCUCGCUUACCCAUGCUCAGACGCCCAGCGAUUUGACUCUUGUUUGGCAGCACUACAUAUUCUAUCUGGCGAGACGUGGAUCAUCUCUGAAGGACAUUCAAGAAAUGGUCAUGCGCUCAUUGAUCUCAAUGCCUGUCAAGUUCCCUGUACCGUUCUCUUCACUUCCCUCUGCCACCUGGGUGGAUUAUUACCAUAGCAACCGCCUGGUGGAGGCCUGGUUGUCAGUGUUGUCACCAGAAGAUAGCCUUGACCUGAUGGAGAUGUCCUUGUCCUUCAUGCCUAACAAUGUCCAGCUGUUACUCAGAGCCAUUGAGCUGAGUCUUGGCCAGCGGAUGACAAGGAGAGCCUACAGUUGGUGUCGCUAUGUGGCAGCUCAGAGGGACAGACCAGCUAACCUGGCGUUCUGGAAGCUGGCCACUGCUCUAGCUCAAGUGGAGGGCACACCACGGGAGGUGGAGAACCUGUUGGUUGCCAGUGUGGAGACCAUGCCCCUUGCUGUAUCUGCCUGGAAAGAU